GAAACUCAACCUUAUAACUGUGAUCGGUUUAGCAUUUUUGAAUAAUGUUAAUGUCUGGCUCUGACUGCGUCUGAGAGCAGGAUGAAUCCGAGAUUCUUUCCGCAAAAAUUACGAUUUGCGUGUUUACGUAUUGCAUGUUUAGUGAAUAACCACCACUCAGACUCAUACUAGUACUUACAAGAAAAUUGCAACCAUGCAAUCCGAGAAUCUUGCUGAUGUUGUGCACGCUCCUUCGAGCAGUACUUCUUUCGCUUAUUUUCGCGGUGAAAAUAGUCGGACGAUCAAAAACGGCUUUUUACAUGGCGUGCUCUACGCAACGCGCAUACGUGUGGUGGAUGGCAUCGUGAAGACGCUGCUGUACUCUGAGAGAAGUGUCUCUUUCGAGGAGAUCGUGAAUUCAGUGGUUAACGCAGCUUUCGUCCACGGGUCGUCGUUGGGGGCUAGUGUUGUGGUGACGAAAUUCGUGCUGUUGCUGUGCGCCAAGCUACAAAAAAAUGGCAUCUUUGAUACACUGUUGAGGCCGCUGGUGGGGAUCAAAGACCCUAAACCCUAAACCCAAGGGAUCCAGAUCCACUAGUCAAUGAUCAGUACGAUGAUGAAAAAGCUCCUUCCGGCUCUAAUAUUCCUGCGAUUGGUUGGCCAACAGCCUGCGCCUGGCUCUGCCAGAAGAUGGACGACCGCGACGCCAACAACCUCUGUUACAUUUUUAGCUGCAGCAAAAGACGGGCUUUUCCCGGGGCAACCUCAAGACGCCAUUGUCAAGCCUAGGAGCUUCUCAGGCUACAGCGAGCGCGCAGGAUCCUCCAGUGAGCGCGGUUGGCAUUGGGCAGUGAGUGGCUUUUGUAGCGGUUUUCUAGUCUGGGGCUCAGACAGCAGGUUCCACGACCUAAUGAACAUGUACAUCGUAUCCAGGGUCAUCGUGGCUGCAGCGAAAUGGUUUGCUGACAGAAAACUGAGAUGGAGGGAAAAUGUAUGACGACAUCAGGAGAUGAUGGCUGUCUGCUUAGUUACUAGAAGUAGUUGUGAUGGAAAAAAAUUUACUAAUACGAAUCUAGUAGAAGGCUUGCUAUGUAUUACAUCAACUUGCGCACUUCAUCUAGUUCCACCAAUCAAGAUUUUUAGCAGUACUCUGCUUGAUCCUCCUGCUAAAAAACAAAAAUCGAGUCUGCCCGCUCUAGCUCGUCUCUUACUCUCAGCUCUCACUCGUCUCCCUACACCUGCUAAGUUGUGUGCCCCUUCCUCUAGACUACAACAGCUAGUAGUCCGCUAAGAGGGAGCAAUGUCCGAGCUCUAGUGCGACGUUUAUUCUCUGCCAGUAGUUGGGCGGCCGUGAUGUACAUGUAUCGGAUGCGAUUUCCGCUGACCGCCAGUCUGAGGGAAAGCAUGGCCUAUCUGUACAAGGAUAGCCGUGUGCGCAUCCGAAGUGAUACGUGGUUAUGGACUUGUAGACCUGAGAUAUCCAUGAUUUGACACAUCUUUAGUUUUAUAUUAUCAUCUUUAUAGUAUUUACUUUCUAGUAUAAGUAGAGAGUUGUGCCGUUUGUGUGGUGGAGUUUGUGUGUUGAUCAUGUCGCUCAGGACAGCGUCAAAAGAUACCUCCAGAACAGGUAAAUGAAUGAAUGAAUGAAUGUAGAAGAGGUUUGAAGAAGAUCUGGAUCGUCAAGAGGAUCGCGCAGGCCUAGUGAGCCUCAAGUGAAGAUGAUGGGCCGCAAGUGUCGAAACCUUCCUCAACAGGUUGCUUGUUCUUCAAAUCUCCCUUCUCGGAAUCCGAGUUGUCGCCAACAUCCCUUUGUCCCUCUUCUAAUUCCUCGCGAAAAUUUGGGCACUGGAGCAGACUUCGUUCCUUACGUGGCUGUCGCUGUUUGGCUCUUGAAACUGUUUCCGUUGAGUCCAACUGGGCUGUUCAGUAGAGUUAAGGCUUCCCGUGAACCCGAUCCGUCUUCAGAAGCAUCUUGGAGACGUUUCUUUGCAAGGUGGAAAAGAAGCAUCUUUGGACGGUCUGCAAGACGGUUUGCGAGCUCGUCUAAUAGAGAUGAAGCCUCUAAGAUGAGAGAAGAUCCAGGUGGCACGAGUGGAGUGCCUCCUACGUCGCAACAACCUGGAAGAAUGGAUUCUGCAUCUUUCAAUUUCAUGCCGACAACUACGAGGAAAGAAGCGAGUAGAGUUAAGAAUAGGUCCUUGAUGAAGAUGAAUGGGCGGUUUUUUAAAGAUAGGAAGUGGAGGAACUACUUCGAGGGUCCUCGAGGAUGAAACCUCACGACCUGGCCUAUUUACUCCUUUCUCUACGAAGGAACUAAAUAAAACCCCUAGGACAAAGACAUUCCCCUUGCCCUCACUACUUGCUGAACUUACCCGCCCUCGAAUGAGUAAACUUCUUCCGCAAAUGAGGAAGCAGUAACCUAAGCGCUAGAGACACUGAGCUGCGCCGUAAAUAAGUAAGUUGUGUUCCUCUGGAAAAAAGAAGAUAAAAGGAGAGCUUAAACAAAAAAUAAGCAUCAAAAGCUUGAUCCGAUCACAAACUACUACCACGACUACUACUACUACUACUAACCACGUCCUUUCACCUUCUAAUCCUCCUCGCGCGGAAGGCGAAGCGUUAUUGUCGGACAGGUUGGAGGAUGACCUUCACAUGGAGUCGAUGUCAUCCUCGUCCUCGACACAGAUUAAGGGUUUCCGAAUUACAUCCCUCACUACCAUCCUUGGCUCCUUUUCAAUGGGGAAAUAGGUCAAGCAUGUUCUGAAGAAUGCAAUUCGGCAACCUCUAAACAGAGCCUCCGCCAACUCGAAAGCGCUUCUGGGCGAUCCUACUUGGACGAUGGGUUCCAUCAUCAAUUGCCAUUAAGAUCAGGAAUUGCCAUUUUUAACAUUGUAAUAUGUUCAUGAUGUUGUUAGAGUGGUCGUUGUGAAGAAAAUUUGAAGUAGAAAUUGAACAACUUCUAGAAGUAGCGCAAUCUCAAAUAAAUUACAUUCACGUGGUGUUGUUCAUGGGCUGGAUGAUGAAUUGCCAUAAAGAGGUUGUUAGAGUGGUUGUGAAAAUGAAAAUGGAAUGUUAGAACUACUGCGAUUUCAAAAUUAUAUUCACGUGUUGAUCGUGCUCGUACUGUUUUUUCCUAGUCGACGUGCACCUGUACCAAGAAUACCACGUCCCUCCUACUAGCAACCUCUUCUAGUCACGCCUUGCAGCCAGCACUCUCUAACCCCUGGUCCUCGCGACGACUCCCUAUGCGAAAAGUCGUCCUCCGCUUAUUUAGAUUCAACGUUCUCGAGUCAUUCCAAUGGCGACAACGAUCUUGUGCCCACGGAUUCCAACAUGAGCAUGGCGGGGUCUAUGGACAGCGACAGACUAGCUCAGCGGAUCGAACAAAUGGAGCGAGGACAGUUAAGAGCUGGGUUGUUCUUGUAUACAGAAGGGUGAGGGGGCAUUCAGGGAAAUCUGAGGCAUUUUUUGCUGAGUAGAUUUACAUCAACGUCAGAACAAGGGCAUUGAGUGACUUCGAUAUCAACAAGCAGCACAUGGUUCAGAUUGCAUCUUAGGGGAGCUGUACUGUUGGUAAUUGUGCUUGUGAUUCUACAUUGCUUUUAGGAGAAGGAUACAUCGGUUUUUUUCAUGCUAGUAAGAGGAAAAAAUACUGACCAGAAAUAGAUUAUCAAUGUAUGUUGACAGGUAUGGCUCUAAAAAUUCAGGCUAGCAGACGCGGAAACAGAGGCUCAUCGACGUCGCCGUAUGAUCAGUUGGGUAGUAGCACAAGACGAAGAAGUAGGGAAUUACAUGCAGUGUCCAGCUUCAUGAUGGAGAAUAUGUGAGUUAAAUCGAACUCAUGUGACACAUAAUUCAGCUCAAGGAACGGCGACUGGCAUUCUAGCUUGUUGUAGUAGUAGUUUUAGACAACGACAGAGCAUGAUUUUAUCAAUGAUGGUUCUAAAGGCAUCGUCUUAUUACCAUUACCUGGUGUAAAUCAUUAUAUUAUAGGAGGUCUAAAAGAUUCGAAGAAAAUUCACAGCUUUGGUUCCUACUUCUUUCUAGUAUGUUCCAUAUGGAGACUUGCAGAUGGACGCCCUUUAAAAAGAGAAGUCCUCGAUGUUUUUAGCACAUCUUGAGGAUUUUUACAUUGUUUUUUUGUUUUGUUUUUGGGUAAUCAUUUUCAUUGCGACGUAGAUGGAUCUCCUCUGGCAGGUGCUGUUUCGGUGUGCUUUCAUCUUAAGUACUCAGUAAGGAGCAGCGCGAUUGUCUUUUCUUGGAAACAGA